AUUGCAAUCUGGCUAUGCGGAAAUAGAUGGACGUUUCAUGUCACCGAGCUUGCAUCCCACUCUUGGACUGAAGACCUAAGCGUUCACACCAGAGAACGGGAUUGCAUUUUAGUGACACAGUCUCUAAAUACUGUUUUUUUCUCAUCUUUAUGCUGUUCAUAUCUGUAUAUUUGGGUACAUAUGUAUACAUCGUUCCUCACUGGAGCACAGCGGACACGGAUCUGAAGGGUUUUUUCUUGGUCCCCUCAAUAAAGCAAAAGUGGGCUGUAGUUUUCUCUCUUUUUUUCGGUGGAUCAAAGUAAAUUGUUUCCUACCGAGCAUCAACAUGGACGUGUUGGCGAAUUACAGUAUUUUUCAGGAACUCCAGCUCGUGCAUGACACCGGCUACUUCUCUGCGAUGCCUUCCCUGGAAGAGAACUGGCAGCAGACCUGCCUGGAGUUGGAGCGGUACCUACAGACGGAGCCCAAGCGGCUGUCAGAGCUCUUCGACGAGGAGCUGGACUGCCUCCUGACACCGGCCUUCCUGAAGGGCGACGGAGACGACGACCUGAUGGACCCCUUGCUCCCCAGCCUCAGCCCCCCGCCCCUGCUCGCCAGCUCCCCCGCCAAACCCCCCUCCACGCCUGCCGCCACCGCUGCCACCGCCAAGACCCCCGACACCUGCGCCAAGGAGGGGGCGAGCGGGGUGAGCGCGGCCCAGCUGAGCGCCGCCGUCACCUCCCUAACGCCGCCCUCGUCCCCGGAGCUGGGGCGUCACCUCGUCAAGCCACCCACGCAGACGCUGACCGCCACCGCUGAUGGCACUCUCACACUCAAGCUGGUGCCCCGGAAGUCGGGGGGCCUGGCGGCCGCCCACGCACUCUCCUCUCCGUCCAGCAGGGGGCAGCAGAGUGACGGGGAACAAGGGGGCGUGGGGGCACUCAGUGGGGGGGACAUCCCGGAAAACAAGAAGAGGGUCCAUCGCUGCCAGUUCAACGGCUGCAGGAAGGUCUACACUAAGAGCUCACAUCUGAAGGCACACCAGCGAACCCACACAGGUGAGAAGCCCUACAAGUGCUCGUGGGAGGGCUGCGAGUGGCGCUUCGCCCGGAGCGACGAGCUGACCAGGCACUACCGCAAACACACCGGCGCCAAGCCUUUCAAGUGUAACCACUGCGACAGGUGUUUCUCUCGGUCAGACCACUUGGCCCUACACAUGAAGAGACACAUCUGAGACUGAGUGCGUGUGAAUGCGUGUGUGAGAGAGAGAGAGAGAGAGAGAGAGAGAGAGAGAGAAACAACAAGAAAAAGAGAGAGAGAGGAGAGGAAGAGGAGGAGGAGGGGCGGAAAACGAACAACACGUCAGCAUUUUGCACGUACCACCAGGAGAAGGCCCCUGCGGAGACGUUAUAUGGGAGCACAGCGCCUGGUGGGCCGCCGCGGCACCCGUCGCCAGCGUGGAGGGAAGAGACCGAGGAGACGGUUUGAAAGGAAUGCGGAGCUUUUCUAACAGCCCACCAUCCUGGUUUCGUCAGCCGAUUAGCCAUGCCUUGCCUAGCUGGGGCUGGGAGUCAGACACUGCCAAACGAUUUUGCUGAUCUCAUUGUACACCUCUUUGUUUUUUUCUUUUUUUUUUGUCUCAAAACCCAGAGAGCGCUCAGAAGGUGAUACACACGCCGAAAUGUUUGCAAGCUUAGCGCUUAGCAAGUCAGGUGGGAUACUGCUUUGGUUAAAAAUCAUUCCCAUCAUUUUUCAGUGUGAAGUCCUUCUGUUUUUGCCUCUCGAGGGUCUUUACAUAAUCCAUCAAUUGCAGUUACGCCAACCGCCACAACAACAACCACAAACGAACACAACAUAGCCAAGCUCACAUGACGGAGACCAACGGAGCUGGUGGCCAAAACAGUGACGCAAAAGUGACGCCCCACCCCCUGGACACUGAUCGGGACCUUGAAGAAGUGGAGCCAGGGGCAUGUGCAGACUCCACACGCUCCCCCCCUAGGGGGCGAUCUUCUCUCUCACCCUCACGCCUGGCAGCUCACAGGCAACCUAACAACUACGCAGCGACACUUUCCUGCUUUUUUUAAGAAAAAAAAAAGUUUUUUUGUUUUUUCUCUGAGCUAAAAUGUCUUAAAACUCACUAAACUUUUGCUUUACGUUUGUGAGUGAGGACGUGCACAUAUGGUGAUAUGAACCACCUGCCGCAUGCACAAGUGAAACUCAGUAGCUGCUAUCGAGCACUGACGGCAAAGAAUAUGGAAAAAAACUGAAAUCUGAAAAAAAGGCUUUAUGAUUGCUGACUUGAAAUGUAAGGGAAGGCCUUCUGCUUUUCAUUUUUUGUAAGGAUUUUCAUUUUUGGGGCAAAAUCCACUACGAAGCAAACUCAUACAAACAUAUCUCUCAAGCCUGUUCCUGGAGUAAGGCCAAAGGAACCUCGAAACGCCCCCUUGGCAAAACAGGAGUAAUUCUGUCUUUACUGGAACAGGACUAUGGCCCUCCUUCUGGUCAGAAAGCCAAUUUGGGAAGGGGGUGUAAUCUGGAGGUCCCCCUGCCCCACCACCGCCGCCGCCUCUUGGCAGGUGGUGACACUGGUGGAUGGGACACAUGACGAUCUCAGAUUGGGAUGCCCACCCUCGUUUGGACCCAGAAGUAUACGGCCAAGUCAGCGCAGAGGGACUGUUUCAUACGUACCUGUUGUCUGCACUGACUUUUUCAAUGUUGUCUGUGCUUUUUUCAUACAGGAAAAAAAGAAAACACAGAAAAAA